AUGCCAAUGGAUAUUGUUGGUGAGGAACGUGCAAGCAGUUCACAAACACCUGUUUCACCUAGUACCGCUGCUCCUUCAUCUAGUCCUUCUAUGAGUACAUCGAUUGGUUCACAAUAUCAGCCAGCUCCUUAUGAACCACAAUCUGUACCAUUACCCGAAAAUACAACAGCAGUCUCAUCCGGACAUGACGUUA